AACCAUGCAAUUGCAAAUCCGCAUCAAAACAAGACGAUCCUGUCUCAUAGAUUCUGAGUUAAGUGCAACAAACUGUUGCUAGUUUUUUCGUCACCGUUGCUUUUUGCCGAGAAUGGCCAGCUGAGUUUACCUAGGUGCCUCUGCUAGAGGCAGAGGCUUGAGGGAUUACUUGGAGUGGCCAGCAGAGCGCUUGCUGAGGAGCGGGAAAUGGAGCCCCAAGGCCCUUUGCGGGGGGCUCAACCCCUUGUGGACUUGCAGAAAUUGUUUGCAGACGUGUUCGAUAAUGCUCUGUCCGACUUUGUCCAGCUUUCCCAACCGGGACCGGCCGAUCGCGAGUCCGCCGACCAGCGCAAGCAGCGGCUGCUGUCCCACCUGCACGGCACCCGCCAGUCGCUGCUGCGCUGCCUGGUGCUGCUGCAGUGGAAGCCCUGGCGCGUGCUGUCGGAGCUGGUGGACCACGAGCGGCUGCUGGACAUCGCGGCGGGGCACGUGCGGGUGCUGGGCGAGGUGGUGGGCGGCAUGCGGCAGCAGGCGGCGGGGCGCAUCAUGGCGGGCGCCUACCUCAACAGCAGCGAUGUGAACACGGCGCUGGAGGUGCUCACAACGGGCACCUACCAGGAGCUGCCCAGCAUCAUCCUGCACCGCCCGCCGCUCUUCCAGCCGCCGCCCGCCUCACUGGCCCGCCAGCGCUCCCGACUGGCGCACGUGACGCAGCUCAUCCGGGCCCGACUGGUGCAGGUGUCGCUGCCGCCCGGUCUCAAGGUGGUCAGCAUCAGCAGCGGCACUGCCGUACUGCGGGCGGAGGGGCUGUACGAGGCCAAGCUCACGCUGGUGCCCUCGGAGCCGCUGCCGGGACUGCAGGAGGAGGAUGCUGCUGCCGGGGGCGGUGGUGGCGGAGGCGGUGGCGCAGGGCUGCGUGCCGGCGGUGGCGAGGAUGCAGAUGGAGCCGACGGCUGGGCGGCUGCUGCCGCCGCCGCAGCUGCCGACCCAGUCGCCGCCGCCGCCGCGUCGCAGCGGUGGAAGUGGCGGCUCAUUCACUUUGUGUUGUGCAUCGGGGUGCCCUUCUACGACCCGAGGCAGCCGGGGCAGAUCCUCAACACCUGCAACUUCCACAUGGUACUGGCGGCGGACAACGCGGCCUACCUGCGGCGGCAGCGCAUGGGGGCGGCGGGCGGCGGGAAAAACGCACCCGCCGCUGGCGCCGCGGCGGCGGCCCCCAGCACGCUCAGCGAAAGUGCAGCCACACCCGCCGCCAGCGGCCUGCCAGGCAGCGCCGCCGCCCUCGGCAGCACCACCGCUGGUGGCGGCGGCUCCCUCGCCGCUGCCGUACGUCGCGCCGAGGACGACGAGGUGGGCGCGCCGCUUGCCGUCAUGCACGCCAUCCUCACCGACGUCGCCGGCCGCCUGCUGGCUGACGAGCUGGCGGCGGCGGCGCGAGCGCUGGCUGCCCCCGGCUCCCGCUGGCACGGCCACAUCUCCGUGAAGCCCUCCCAGCUGCUGCACCCCGGGGUGCGCAUCGAGUACUGGAUCAAUGCGCCGCCGCUGCUGAGCCAGGGCGCGCUGCCGGUGCCGGGGCCCGGGGAGGACUUCCGCGGCGUGAAGCCGGGUCCGCCCUACCUGGAACUGGGCAUGGGCGAGGGCGGGUGUGUGGAGGUGCUUCACUCGCCGUGCAGCCUGCACAAGCCGGUGGCGGUGAGCAAGCUGCAGCUGGACACGUUCCGGGUGAAUGUGGAGGAGGUGCUGAUGCGGGCGGCCAACAUGUGCGCGCAGUCGCAGCUGCUGCAGGUUCGCAAGGAGCUGGUCGCGCUGCUGGUGAAGGCGCUGGGGCGGCGCGCGCCCACCCUGCGCCCCACCACCCUGGCCCGGCAGCUCUGGUGCCGCGACGGCGCCGCGCUGCAGCCCUCCGCACCCGCCGCCCUCGGGCCGCCACCUCCAGCCGCACAGCUGCCGCUGCUGCUACCGGAGGAGGCGGCAGCUGCAGCAGCAGCUCCAGGUAACGGAGAGCCACCACCGCAGGAUGCAGCCACCACGCUCGCGCACAUGGACGUGGACGAGCCGGCAGCAGCAGCAGCGGCACCACAGCCCCCACCCCAGCCUGCGGCGCCGGCCGCCGAGCCGCUCAUUCCCCCUCCCAGCUGCCCGCCUCCCGAGGUGUCCGGUCUGCUGGCCCGCGCCGGGCCGCCCGAGGAGGCUGCCGGGGCGCUGGUGGUUCUCAACGCGCCGGUGCUGGAGUGCCUGGUGGCGGGCACCACGGAGCUGAAGCUGGGCAAGCACCUGUUCAGCGGGCGGCUGACGCUGCGGCCGGGGCAGGACGAGCGGGACGAGGGGUCGCUGGACCAUGCGGCGGCGGUGGCCAUGGACGAGGACUUUGUGAACCAGGUGGCGGCGGCCGCCUACUCCUCCGCCUCGCCCGACACCUACCCCGCCGCCCGGGCGCUGCGGGAGGCUGCUCGCGCGCUGAGCCAGGUGCUGCUGCGCGUGCACAACAGCACGGACGUGACGCACUUCUUCCAGGCGGCGCGGCGGGCCUCGCUGCACAUCAGCCGCCUGCCGCGGGGGAUGCUGGAGGCGUUUGCGGGGUCGCAUCCGGGACUAGCCAUCGAGCCCCGUCCCCGCGACAAGGUGGCCACCUGGGCCCUGCAGUCGCCCCCCUUCCCGCCGCACUUCCCGCCCCUGGAGCCGGUCCCCCCCGACACGCCGCCCCUGCGCGUCCCGCAGUGCCUGGCCUUCCUGCUGCAGUCCCGGCUGUCGCUCACCUCCAGCCAUGUGAUGGUGGUGGCGGCAUGCAACAAGCAGCUCAUGCCUGUAAAGGUGCUGUCCUGCAUCCCGGUGCCCUCCAGCGCCUACCUCCUGCCCGACGAGGUGGUGGCGGCCUACAGGGCUGCAUGCUCGCACGGACACAGCACCAGCCACGCAGGAAACAACAGCCACACCCACAACAGCAGCAGCGGAGGCGGAGGCACCGGGUCGUCGUACGGCAGCGGCCUUCACCACCUCCACCAGCAUCCACAGCAGCAGCAGCAUAAUCCCCACAGCGUCCACUCAGUCCUCUAUAGCGGUGCAAGCAGUCCCCGACCCACGGGUCACAGCCAGGACCACUGGAUGCUUCGCUCGCCGGACGCCUCACCCACUCGGGACUCCUCGGCUGGCAUGGCAGCAGCCACCGCCACCACCACCACAGGCUGCGGAGCCGGGAACCCCUCCCAUCCCUCCGCUGCGUCGCCCUCGCCGCAGCAGCCGGCUGCGUUCACCCCCGGCAAACCCACCUCCCUGUCGGGAGCCGCUCCCCAACACAACGGCAGCAGCAGCAAUAGCCCGGGUUCGGGGGCAGGGGCGACCCAUCACGUGGGGCGACCCACGGGUCAGUUGGUUGCCGUCAUGCUGGCGCAGCAGCAGCUCAGCAGCGUGGUUCGCUGGUGCCGGCGACGCAUGGUGUGGGAGGUGCUGCUGGUGCAGCUGGGGGCGCUGGGGGCGGCAUACACCGAGCAGAGCCACCCGCCCUGCCAGCGGCUGCGGGUCACUCGGCUGGCGGGGAUGUCCCUGCCGUGCGCCAUUGCGCGCAGGCCGGGGGUAUCCCCAGCCCGCGUGGGGCCGGUGUGUUUGGAGCUGGAGCUGGGACCGGAUGCGUUGGCGGGUCAGGUCACGGCGCGGCUGUACGGCACGUUCCUCUGCUCCCCGACCUGCGUUCCAGUGGAGCCGUCCAGCGGUGGCGGCGGCAAGUCCGGCGCGACAGCUGGGUUCGUGCUGGACAUGCAUGCCACCUCGCGCGUCAGCAGCGCCUCAAGCCGGGGUGGCAGCGGGGGUCCGGUGUGCCUCCGGCGGCAGUACUGCCUGGAGCGGGGCGACUCGGCGCUGACAAUCGUGCAGGAGGUGUGCGCCAUCAUCCGAGUGCAGACGCUGCUAGCGCGCCUGGAGAUGAUGGCACCUGACGUGCUCGUCGCAGUGCCCACCGCCGCAAAGGCCGCCGCCGGCGCUGCGGGAACUGAUGCUGACGGCGCUGGGGGGGUGCUGUCCGUGGGCGCGGCAGGGGCAGGGGCUGGCGGGCGGUCGGGGCACUGUCUGAGGCCGCAGCACCUGACAGCCCUGACGGCAUCGCUGGCAGGCGCCGCCUGCGCGCUUGGGCCCACCCCGCCGCAGCGGCAUCACCCCACGGCAGCAUCCAAUCCCACCGCGCCGCCUCAUGGGGCGGGCGCGCUGCCGUACGGCGGUGGCGAGGGCAGCUACGCCCGGGGCGGGGGUCCGCCCGCCAAGCGCAUCAAGACGGAGCCCGGUGCGGCGGAGGAGGUGGCAGUGGGGGCCAACGGCUACGGGAAGGAGAACGGGGGCGGCUGGCCGGCGGCAGGGUGCCACCCCGGCGGCAGCCACACGGGCCUUGCGAACGGCUUCCCUGGUGGGGGCGCUCCCGUCAGCUGCGUCGGCAACGGCAGUGCUGUUGCUGCUGGUAGUGGUGGCAGUGGUGGUGGUCUUGCAGCACCGGCUCACAUGUGCGGUGGUGGCGCCUCCGCCCCCCACCACCCUGCCGCUGCUGCGGGCCCGGGCGGGCUGUCCUGGCACUGGCCGCUGGUGGGCAGCCUCACGCUGGAGCAGUACAGCUGCAGCGCUGCGACCCUCCGCUUCAGCCCCUGCAGCAGCAGCAGCGGAGGAGGGGGGGUGCCGCGGGGCGACCCGGCGGCCUCACGACCACUACUGCCUCAUGCACAUAGCAGGCACCAGCCGCCACCGCAACAGCAGCAGCAGUUACAAAGUGAUGGUGGAGUGCGCUGCCCGGGUGGCAGCGACGCGAGGGAGGCCUCGGAUGUGCUGCAGGUUCGGGUCACAUGGGCCCCCCGGGAUGUACGACACCUCUACGGAACCGCAACAGCUGCAGCGGCAACGGCUCCAGCCUCCCCGCCGCAAUCGCCAACCAGUGUCGGUGGCGGCACUCCGGCAAUGGCUGGGGUUGCACCCACCCCGGCAUUGCCCGGCUCCCCACCUGCUCCAUCCCCUCUGCCUGUUGGAGGGGGCUACGCUGCGCCCUCCCCGCCUGCCCGAGAGGGCCCCACCUCCUCCUCCUCCUCCGGUGCCGGGCGGCUGGGCGAUGUGGUGCGGUGCAGCCUGAGCAGCAGCAGCGGGGGCAGCAGCAGCGGGGG